UAAGCACCACUUAGUAUUUCUAUGCUCAGGUUUAUGUAUAAGUUGCUGAUUUUGACACUCCUCUAUGCUGGGUAGUUUGAUUCUUGAUUUUCUAAUUCUUCUUUCUUGUGAAAGAAUGAGUUGUUCUUUGUAUGAUUCAAGUAGGGAAGUAUUUUUUUUUUUAAUUUAACAGUGACUGGCAUGAAAUUAUUAUUAUGAUAGCAUUAUCUUAUUCUUCAAAUUUAUUACUCUUGUUGUUUCCUUUACUUUGGUUAUCUCUACUAUUUUUGCCGUGAGUACUUUUUAUAUUUUCAAUAUUUUCAUACCUGUUCUAGAAAACCAUUUUCUUGAGCCGAGGGUCUAUCGGAAACAGCCUCUCUACCCCACAAAGGCAGGGGUAAGGUCUGCGUAUACCCACCCUCCCCAUACCCUACUUGUGGGACCACACUGGCUGGGUAUGUUAUUGUUGUAGUGACUGGCAUGUAAUCAUGAAAUUAUGGAAGUGCUAUUUUAAUAGUGAAAUAUUGAAUAGAGGACUCACUAGGGGGAUCCGUUGCUUAGAAAUUUAAAGAGAAAGUGAGGCAGAAAUCAUCCACUAGUUUGUUUUGUUGAUGAGUAUUCACGCACACAUUUAGUUCCUGAAGAUCAUAACCUCUUUUAGUGUCAUCAACAGGUGAAGUCCACCUCCAACUAUAAGGUUUGUUUUUGUCACCAAGAAUGCAACUUGAGGAAUGACCACGGUUAGGCUCCUAGCGGUGGCCGAAGAAGGAUGUCCUUCGUGCAAUAUGUUUGGGCUUAGCCUUGUAUAAGGCAUAUAGCUUUGUAUGAAUCAAUUAGGGGACGCUGCAAAAAAUGGCUAAAGAUAUCAAAGCAUCUCCCUUGGCAGCCUCUUUUGAUUACGAGCUUUACGAAGGAGAUCCCGAUCAUCUUAGAACCGUUGUUGCUGCACCUACCCCAGCUGGUCCUUAUAUUGAUCCUGCUUCAAUCAAACUUAAACAUAGGAUCGGGCGUGGAUACUUUGGUGAUGUUUGGUCAGCGACACAUCAUCAGUCAGCUACCGAUUACGAUGAGAAUCAUGAAGUAGCUAUAAAGAUGUUACAUCCUUUAAGUGAGGAUCAAACAAAGGCCUUCUCAAGUAAGUUUGAGGAGUUAUGGGUGAAUUUGAAGUCUAAACAAAUCCAAGGUGUUUGCUGGUUGCAUGGUAUAUCUGUAAUAUCCGGAAAGAUUUGUAUAGCGAUGAGAUCCUAUGAGGAGUCAGUUGGUGAUAAAAUGGCUCGGCUGAAAGGAGGAAAGCUUCAAUUACCUGAUGUUCUUAGAUAUGGUAUUGAAUUGGCUAAAGUAAUACAAGAGUUGCAUUCGAUGAAUGUCCUGGUUCUGAACCUUAAGCCAACUAAUUUUCUUCUGAAUGAACAUGAUGAAGUGUUCCUCGGAGACUUUGGGAUACCGUAUCUUCUUCUUGGAGUUCAACCACCUGAUUCGGAUCUAGCAUUAAGGCUUGGAACUCCGAAUUAUAUGGCUCCGGAACAGUGGGAACCUGAGGUUAGAGGCCCAAUAACUUGUGAGACUGAUGCUUGGGGAUUUGGAUGCAGCAUUAUCGAGAUGAUGACUGGUGUUCAGCCUUGGUUUGGUAAAUCGGUCCAAGAUAUGUAUCGUUCGGUGGUGAUAAACCAAGAAAAGCCACGAGUUCCGGGUGGCCUCCCAACUGCCAUUGAGAAUGUUCUCAAUGGCUGUUUUGAGUAUGAUCUCCGCAAUCGACCUCUGAUGGUGGACAUUUUGCAAGCAUUUGAAAGCUCGAAGAAUGAUGUUUAUAGUGAAGGAGAGUGGAGCAACAUAGGAGGGACUUUGUCUGACAAAAGCAAAACCCGUGGCUUUACCACAUGGUACCUUUCAAAAGAUCUUCUUCAAGUAGGAGAUACUAUUCGCUCGAGAAAAACGUUCAACUCCGGGAAUCAAGAUUCGGCUGUGUUGGAAGGAACUGUUGUUGGUCUGGAAAAAGAUACUGAUCGAGAUGGAUUUGUUCUGGUACGAUUCCCCAGUUUACCGAGCCCUCUGAGGGUAAAUGCAUCAACCAUAGAGAGGGUUACAUGUGGUUUGGCAGCUGGCGAUUGGGUGCAGUUAGUCAAUGGAACUAUGAAGCAUGCCUCUGUGGGCAUCCUACACUCCGUGCAGCGUGACGGAAGUGUGACUGUUGGUUUUUUAGGGUUAGAAACUUUAUGGACGGGGCAUUCUUCGGAAGUCGAAAAAGUGGUCCCGUUUUUUGUGGGACAAUUCGUGCAAUUUAAAUCAAAUGUCAAAACUCCCCGGUUUGAAUGGCCUAUGAAACGAGGAGGAGGAUGGGCUACCGGGAGAAUAUCACAGAUACUUCCAAACGGUUGUCUUAUUGUUCAGUUUCCGGGAAGGAUGGUGUUUGGCGACGAACCUAAUACGUUCUUGGCUGAUCCGGAUGAGGUGAUCCAAGUGUCGUUUGAUACAUGUCCUGGCAUUAUCGAAAAGUAUCAGCACCUCGAAGAUUUUCACUGGUCUAUUCGACCACUUUCUAUUGCAUUUAGCCUAUUUACAGCAGUAAAGCUCGGCGUAUCUGUAGGAAAAUGCAUUAAUGCUAAACUGAAGAAGGAAUCGAAGAAUCACCAGACGUCUAUUGACAGUCGUGCUCAAGAGGGCGAGGUUGGUGGCAAGUCGGCAUGGUUUCCGCCAAAUGUUGCAAAUAUCCUGUUUCAAGAAGGUGCUGCUACUGCUAGAUAAUCUGUACUUAUUAUUGGUAGAAUGUGUAAAUUCGUGUUGGAUUUUCGAAGUACAGUAGCGCUAAACUUUGUAUUAUAUCGCGCUAAACUUUCUAUGAUGUGUGAAUUUGUGAUAUGUAUAUGUUUUGUAAAUGCAAGCUCUGAAUGCUAGUCAGAUGAACUUGUUAGCAACUAAUGCAAGUCUCUAAUGUAAUUAAAAGGGAAAGAAAUCAGCCAAGUUUAUAUUGUACAAUAUUACUAUCACAGUUUCACUUGAA